GUAUCUGUGCGUGUCUCGCGUGUUCAGAAUUGAAUUGUGCGGUGUUGUGCAGGUACGGUAUUGUGUUGAGAGUGCCGUCGUGCUAGCAAACAAUACGCGAGUUAUGUGAAUGUGAGAUCGUACGUAGCAGAGGUCAUAUUCAUAUGUGUAAAGUGCGGCAUCGUGCAUUUGCCUUCGAACCAAAUAAACGUGGACAUAGCAUAGAAGAGACCCAAAAAGUCAUGCACAUUACCUACGAGAUUCAUAGAUAUUUGACGAUACGUAGUUCAAUGUACACAUUUUGUGCACAUAGAGGCGCUGAUGGAUGAAAACACUUAAAACGACGCGAUAACGGAUAACCGCUUUCAGAUUGCUCUCUGCUCGUAUCUUUGCGCUUGUCAGCGCUCGUCUACUUUUAUUGCGUCUAUGGUCGGCGUUGGUCGGCGCUAUCCGUUGCCGUCCGUUCGGAUAGUUGUUGGUCCUGGUUGGCCCGUAAGUUCAAAUUCGUACAGGAACGACGAUCGACAGCACGUGGUCUCUCAGGUCUCUGUAAUCAGUGUAACCUUCCCGCGAUUGCGAACGUUGUUCUUUUCUCCAAUAUUCCAUUUUGAUACAUGAUUUGACCGAUUGCGAGAAUGCCGCUGUCCACGAGAGAUUCGGACGAGGAUUUCGAGCCGAAAGCAGUUACUCGUAACCAGGCUCGAUUGCUUUUACCCGGCAUAAACCCAGUGACAAACUCUCCGUUACGUCGCAGCAGCAGAAUAAAGCAGAGUAAAUAUUCACCAGGUUCUGAAAGUGACAGUAGUAUUGGCAGUAAUCAAACAACUCGGAGUACUAGAACGCAAACAGCAAACAUUGAUUUGGAUACAAUGAAAAAGACACGUACCAGAAAGAAUUCUGUUUCCUCAGAGAUCAGUGAGGUAGAUGUCGAGAGCCUGGGAACACCUAAAAAACGAAUUACAAGGCAGAGUGGAAGUCUUCUUGGCACCCCUGUCAGAAUUACUACUCGAGCAGCUAGUAAACGCUUUACACGUUCUGGUUCUGAGGCCAAGUCACCAACUAGAAUCACACGUAGCACAAGAGCUAGCUCUGUGGACCCAGAAUUUUUGCCUAAUCGAAGUAAGAGCCAAUCUAGUACACCAGUUAAAACACGUAGACGAGCAUCUAUGUUGCCAUUGAGUUCUUUGAGCAAAGAGAAAGUUGAACUGAAGGAUCGUAUACCUUAUGUAAAAUUAGAUGCUACAAUAGUUGAAACUGAUGAAAUCACAACUUCAGGAAACUCAGAUUCUUCACCAGAUAAAGCGUUACGUAACAUACAAAGUGAAAAAAAUAAAAAACAUCAAAGUUUAGAAAAGGACGAAAUUGAAGAAAAUUCUAACCAAACAGAAACUUUAAUUGAAUCAAAAUCAGUAAUCCUUCAAUUGUCAGAGGAAAAAGAUGAAAGACAAUCUGAAAAUCUGGAUAGUGUAACAACAAAAAAUACAAGUAAUAUUGCUGGUGAAGCUUCUGUCGACUCUUUCAAUUCUUCAAGUCAAAAAGAUGAAAAAUCAGAAUCUGCUCAAGAGAGUCUGUUAGAGCUAGAAAAAUCAUUAGUCGACAUAUGUGUAUCGACUCAAGUAGAAACUGUGCCUGAAAACUUAUCGGAUAUUACUAUUGAGGAGCAAAAGAGUAACAAGGAAAACCAAAUGCUGAACAUUAUUAGCGAUGUGUCUCUAGAAAAAAGCAUGUCUAAAGUGAUACCAUCUUCUGUAAAAUCUCUUGCUUCACCUUUUCUGAAUAAAUCGUCAAAUGAAAAGGAAACUAAAUCUAUGAGAAAAGAACUAAACUCUAGUAAGAGACGUUAUUCAAGAGCAUCAACAGAAAUUGCGAUCAAACACAACGAUCUGUUAAAAGAAACUGCCGAUAGCUCUCCAGAAAAGAUGGAUAUUUCUGUAGAAUCUUCAAGUCCAAUUGCUACAAAUAAAUCAGUAUUAUCACAACAUGAUAAUACAGAACUUGCAGACGAAGUUAUUAAUAAAGAUGAAUCUAUUGAAAAUUUGUUUUCUUCAAAUGAAGAUACAGAGAUGAUCAGGAAAAAAAUUGAUCAAAUUAAAGAUACUGUUGUAGAUAGCAAAGAUUCUAACAAAACGGAGUCAAAUGAAGAAGAUGAAAUGUUUGUUGAAAAUGUAAAUAUAUCUAUUUCUGAUGAGGACGCGACAGAAAUAAUCAGCGAAUUAGAUAAAAUCGAUAAAAUUGAAGAUACUGUUGCGGAUAGUAAAGAUUCUAAUCAAAUGGAGUCUAAUGAAGAAGAUAAAAUAUCGUUUCUAGCUCAAUCAAAACAGCUGAAUGAUAGUAGAGAAAGUCUCAUUUCUGCAACAGAUGAUAACGAAAUGAAAUUAACUUUAGAAGAACGAAGUCCAUCUCGAGAGAAAAAUGAAGUUUUGUCGAGCUUGGCACACUCUAAGCCUGAUGAAUCAGCAGAUUUACAAAUUUUGCCACCAAUUAAUGAAAGUUCUGACGACCAAGCUACUACAAUGAAUAAAUCAACUCAAGAUAAAGUAGUUGACAGUUCUGAUACCGAACAGGAGCAGGAAAAUUUACCUAUACAUGUAAUAGAAUUGGUACCCAGAUCUUCUAAUGCUGUCCUGGAAACAAACAAUUCUGCGCGUAACAUUUUGAAUGAUGAAACGACUCAAGAUGACAAAUUUUUCAAUAAAAUAAAAACAUCUAAAACAUCUGCAAUAGAUACAUCACCUAAAAAAGUGGAUACAGAAGAUUCUUUCCUGGAAAAAAGAGCGAAACGGAGCUUAAAACGGAAAAGUAUAGAUAAUUUGAAGGAAGAAAGAAAUUUGAAAAUAGUAACAAGUCAAAAAGAUCAAGAAGAUAUGGAAAUUGCUGAUAAUGAUUCUGAUAUCAGUGCUGGUAUUGAUUUAUUCCAAGAUAUUCCCGCUGAUAAAUGGAAAGAGAAAAAUGAUGUUAAAAUUGAUCCAGUGCAAACCACCUCCCAGUCGGUGGAAGAAGUGGAAAAUGAAAAUGAAACUGAUGGCUGUGAACUUCUUUUAGCGAACAAAGAAGCAUGGUUGGCGGCUGAAUCCAUAAAAGCGGCAAAAGUGACAGAAUCAUUUGAAUGUGAUUCCGAUGACACUGUUGACAUGUUAUGGAAGAGUCAAUCAGAUGCGUCACGAGUGAAUUAUAGUAUAGAAAAAUCAGAAACAUCUUCAAAUGCAGAUCUGAUGGAUAUUGACGACGAAAAAAAUGAAAAACAAAUUAAAAAACGAAAAUCAAGAACUGACAAAAGACUUACAGCUGAAAUAGAUCAGGAUUCUCCUGAUGCAAGAGAUGAAGUUAAUUCAGUCAACACUGAUGAAUCUUUAAAUAAGUCCAAAACAGCUUUAAAUCGAACUAAUGAAUUAAAUAAACCAGUACGGUCAGCAAGAACAAAACAGCCUUCUAAAGCAAAUAAAGAUUCAAAAGAUGAAUUUAAAUAUGAAAAUGAAGAAAUUGAAGAUGAUUUAAGUGAAUCAAAUAAAAGGUCGCUAAUAAAUAAAAAAAAUAUACUUUUACACAAAUCGAUGGAAAGAACAUUAAAUAAAUCUUUAAAAGAUACAUUUGUACAAAGUAAUUCUACAAAGAAAGCACAAGUGGAUAAUUCAGAGGAGAAACCAGAUAACACAGAUGUACGUACUGAGAAAGAAUUAGACAAGAAAAAACAUUCCUUAAAUAAAUCUUAUAAUAAGGAAAGAGAUAAUGAUGCAACCAAGUUUGAAAAAAACGUGUUAAAUAAAGAUAAUGGUAAAAAGAAGGAAAAUUUAUUCUUAAAUCGUUCUGUAGAUCAAGAAUCGAAAUCUGAAAAUAUCGAGAUGAUACAUUUGACUAAUGAUGAAAGCGACGAUAGUGACGUAAACAUAGCAGUUAUGGAUCUUGGAUCCACAACUUAUUCUAUGAUAGCAAAUGUGGGAUCAAAUAAUGAAGAUAGUGAAGAUAGUGAUGAUAGUGAUGACAGUGAUGACAAUGAUCAACAGGAACAUAUUCCGAGUUUCCUAUUUGCAAAAGCAAAAAGCGAUAGUGAAGAUGAUAAUAGCAGCGAUUCUGAUAUCAAGAGAGAAUAUAAUUUGGAUGGAGUGGAACAAAAGUUUUCUGAUGAUGAUGCAGUUGCAGAUGAAUGCAGAGAUUCAGAAGUAGAAUUUUCAGAUCCCGAUGACAAUGGUUCAGAUCUUGAAGAUUUUAUAGUUGAUGACGAUGAAAUGGAACUUGAGGAAGAAGAUGAAGAAGAAGACGAUAGCAACGAAGAUAAUGAUGAUAAAGAAGACCUUCAAGAUUUGCAAGAAGAUGCAGAAAAAGAGGAAGAUGAAGAAAAUAAACAAAUACAUAUGAAACUAGAAAAUAUGGAAAAAGAAAAGGAAAAAGAUGAUGAACAAGAGAAUGAUGAAGAAGAUACGGUAAACAAAAAAAAUAAUGAAAACAAAUUUGCUGAAAUGAAAGCCAUUUCUUCAAAGGACGCUACCUUUCAUAAAAAAUUGCCCAAAGUCCAUGAUAAUGAGAACAAAACUGCUACACACACUUUACUCCGUACAAAUGAGACAGAAAUGAAUCAAGACAUCAAGAUGAAGAAAUCUAAUUUGAAGAAAAGAGAGAAAAUUAAUUUACUCGAUUCGUCAAAUUCAAACUUGUCGGUUGAGAAAAAGAAAAAGAAAUCUCUUACGAAGGAAAAUGAAACUAUUUUGUUCUCUAACUUAAUCUCUUCAUCGAUUGAAAAGAGAAGGAAGUCGGAUCCACAAUAUUUUUCGAAAAAUAAUGCUGAACGAAGAUACUCGAGUGGACAAUUAAAUGAAUUUGAAAUAUCGAUGUCUGCACCAAAAUUAUCAAAACACAUAUCAAUAGAAUUUAAUACUCCAAAACAUAACACUUCUAAAAAAUUAGGACUUGAUAAAACAUUGGAACUAUAUUCAGAGAGUAAAAACAAGUUAGAUAUGACUAAAGUGAUGCAAACUUCGGCUAUGAAAGAAAAAUCAAAGAAGGAUCUCGCGUCAAAUGAAUGCAUCAGUUUGAGAUUAUUCAACGAUGCAGAUAAAGAAAAGAUGUCGACCAGCGAUUUUUCACCUGAUUUAUUGAAAUUGCUAAAAAAUACACAUUUUUCGAAAUCAACACCUUCCAAGAAAGAAUCGCGUAAAACAAUGAACAUCAAUAUUGAAACACCAACAAUAAAGCACCUUAGAAAAGAGAAGUUAAACGAAAGUGCGCCAAUAUUAACAUUGAAUCAAAAUCGAACAGAAAUCGGCUCAUUACAGAAACAAUUAUGCAUAAAAAACAAGGAUAAUGCACAAAUAAAAGUAAAAGAAAAAAAUAAUGAGGACGAAGUACCUGAGACACUGUCUGACGAUACUAUUAAAACAAAACAUAGUAAAAAGAAAAAACAUAAGGAACAAGAAUCGCCCAGGGAAAAUAUGUCCGAUAAAAUUGUCGCUGAUAACAUAUUAAUAUUAAAUGGUUCUGAAAAAAAGAAACCUGUCAAACGUACUCAAUUAACUAGUGUAGAGAAUGAUACUUGCAAAGAUGCAUAUCAGAUUAGUGAGAAAAAGAAAAAGAAACAAGAUACAUCAAAGAAAAAUAUCUUCGAUAAAAUUUUGUCUGAAGGCACAGCAGAAGUAAAUGUUCCUAAAAAGAAGAAACGUGUCAAGCUUUCUCAAUUAACUGUUGUGAAAGAUAACUGCGAAAAUGUGUUAACUAUUAGUGAAAUACAGAAGAGAAGGAAUAAAUUAUUUGCGAGACAUGACGAUAUUCUUGAAGAUGCUUAUGAAUUCGUACAGAAACAGGAGGAAAAACAGGAAAAGAAAAAACAAAAAUCAAAGGAAGAAAUCACUGAAAGUGCAGGAGAAUUCAAAAUUUCUAAAAAGAAACAUGCCAACCUUGAUCAAUUAUUUACUGUACAAAAUAUUACUGAUAAAGCUUUGUCUGAAGAUGUUAAUGUAAUUUCUAAAAAGAAGAAACAUGUUAAGUUUCCUCAAUUAACUAUUGCAGAUGAUGAUAUCCGUAAAGAUAUAUGUCAGAGUAUUGAGAAAAUGAAGAAAAAGAAGAAACGAGACACAUCGAAAGAAAAUAUUGCUGAUAAAGCUUUAUCUAAAGACUUAAUGAAAGUAAAUGUUCCUAAGAAGAAGAAACGUAUCAAGCUUGCUGAAUUAGAUAUUGUAGAAGAUAAUACUCUUGAAGAUGAGUGUCAGAUAAUUGAGAAAAAGAAGAAAAAGAAAAAAGGGAAAAAGCAAGACACAUCAAAAGAUAAUAGCACCGAUAAAGAUGAAGACAUAGAAAUAAAUAUUCCUAAAAAGAAGAAAAAUCUCAAAUUUAGUCAGUCAUCUACCGUAAAAGAUGAUACUCAAAAGGAUGCACAUCAGAUUAAUGAGAAACAAAAGAAAAAGAAAAAACAAAGAACAUCUGAGGAAGCUGUCACGGAAGAAGUUUUAUUUGAAGAUGCAGCACAAUUAAAAAUUCCGAAAAAGAAGAAAAAGAAUAAAUUAGCUAUUGUACAAAAUGAUAUUCCCGAAAAUACUUAUGAGUUCAAUCAGAAAAAGAAAAAAAAUAUUAAAUUGUCUGAUAUUCAAGUUAUGCAAUAUGAUAUUUUCGAAGAUGCUUUCGAGUUUACGGAGAAACUGGAGGAAAAGAGAAAACAAAAACCAAAAAAACAUAUUACUGCUUCGUCUGAAAAUGUAGGAGAAUUAAAGAUUUCUAAAAAGAAGAAACAUACCAAUCUUAAUAAAUUAGUUACCGUAGAAAAUAAUACUAGCGAAGAAACGUGUCAGAUUAUUAAGAGAGAAAAGAAAAAGAAGAAAAACCGAAUCGAUGCUGAGCCGAAUAUAAAUGAAGAUGCUAUAUUCCAAAAAAUUGUUCAAAACAAUAUGGAGUUGCAAGAUAUAACACAAUACAAGAAAAAAACGAUAAAUUUGGAUUCACCUGUAAAUAAACAAGAAAAAUUAGUAAAAAAGAAAGCUAAACGACAAGAGACAGUGCCAAGUAUCGAUACUUUGCGGACGGAAAAGAAGAAGCAUACUUUACCAAUACAAAUUCCAGUUUCGAAAUUAAAAUCUGAAAAAAUGUUAAUGUCUAAUAAAUUACAAAAAACUGCACUAGGUACGAGCGAAUCGAAAAAUGCAACCUAUAGCACUAAAAAAUUAAAGGAAGCUGCAAAGACGUGUAUGCCUAAAGAAUUAAAUAUGAAAAAGAAACGUCGAUUCGAAGAUACUGAAAGCGAGAUUCAUAACAAUCUCUCCACCAAAAAAUCGAAGAAAGAAGUUAAGGAAGUGAAUAAGUUUUUACCAUCAUCGAGCGGUGUGAAGCGACUUUCAAAUGAUGUGAUCGAUCAUCUUACGGAUAUGCCGACGAGAGCGAGGAAAAAACAAAAAAUUUCACAAAACGAGGAAAAGAUAUCGUCAGUAAAGAAUAAAUCGAAGGCAGCGACCAUCGAUCGUGACUUGGUAAAAUCGAGUACCUCUAGUUGCAUCACACAAUUCCGCAUCAUAAAUGUACAGGAUACUAAAAAACCAAUGAAAACAGCUGCUGCAGUAGCUUCAUUCAGACAACGUAUGCUUGCCAGAAAUGAACGAGAACCAACUUCGACCUACUUAAUAUAUCAGGAGAAAAAUUGUGACAAAUAACGGACUUUUUAGUAAUAUGAUUUAAAUAUAUCUUAAUUUAGCUUUACGUUAGCAUAUACUUCAAGAUUUUCUAAUUUGAAAAAAUAAUGAAACUCAUACAAGAUUAAGUUAUUGUGUUUAUAUUUAUGAAUUUUAUCACUGUUUGACAUAUUUCUCAGAAAAAUUAGUUUUGUACCAGGGUUAUCUAGAUAAUGAUUGUAUCUUUCAAUUAUGUCUAUAUCGCUGUAUAACAUUUAAUGUUUUUAUGUGAUAUAUUAUACUGUUUCAUUUAUUAAAAUUUACGAAGUAAGAAAUUCUCGAGAUGCGCUCUAGAAAUAAGCAUGUUCCACAAUAUAAGUGAAAAUAACAAAAUAUAUUUCUAUUAAUAAAAA